AUCGAUCAGCUCAGCUUUAUCCAUCAAUACAUACAUUUUCAUUUCGAUAACAAGAAAAAAAUGCCAGGGAUCACACUAGGAGACACGGUGCCAAACCUAGAGGUGGAGACGACACACAGGAACUUCAAGCUCCAUGACUACUUCGCCGAUUCUUGGACCGUCCUCUUCUCUCACCCUGGGGAUUUCACACCCGUAUGCACAACCGAGCUUGGUGCGAUGGGAAAAUACGCUCAUGAGUUCGAGCAGAGAGGUGUGAAGCUCCUUGGUUUGUCUUGUGACGACAUACAGUCGCACAAAGAUUGGAUCCCCGACAUUGAGGCAUUUACUCCUGGAAGCAAAGUGACAUACCCAAUAAUCGCUGAUCCGAACAAAGAGAUCAUCCCUCAGCUUAACAUGAUUGAUCCUAUUGAGAACGGUCCCUCUCGUGCCCUUCAUAUAGUUGGUCCUGAUUGCAAGAUAAAGUUGAGUUUCCUGUAUCCGUCCACCACGGGACGUAACAUGGACGAAGUGCUGAGGGCUUUAGACUCGUUGUUGAUGGCGGCCAAACAUAAGAACAAGAUUGCCACUCCGGUUAACUGGAAACCAGAUGAACCGGUUGUUAUCUCACCGGCUGUGUCAGACGAAGAGGCUAAUAAGUUGUUUCCUCAGGGUUUCAAGACUGCCGAACUUCCGUCCAAGAAAGGCUACCUACGUGUCGCCGAUGUCUCUUGAAAGACCGAAAGAAAGAAACUAGUUAUGUUGUAUGAGUGUAUUGUAUAAUAAUGCACACAAUGGGUUGAUAAAAAUAUGAAAAACUACUUUUGUAACGUGUCGUGUGUGCACUCUGGAGGAUAUAGCCUUAUAUUAAUA